GAUGCGCAAAAAAUAGAAUCACUAUUCAAGGAAGGAAUAUCAUGGUUGGAAAUUAAACAGUACAACAACGGAUUUGCUAUCUUUGCGAAACUUUUACAAAGUGCACCUGCCCUUUCUGAUGAAUAUAUUUCAAAGACCAUCAAUCGUAUUGUUGCGUAUUUAGAGGACUCUGAUGAUCCGGAAAUUCCUGAAGACCUUAUACAAAUUCCCGAUAUCCACCUGAACCAGAUUUUGAAAGGUCUACUGGACAGGAGAAAAUGGUUCCCUUUUCUCAGUAUAGUCCGUAAACACCGUAAAUUCAAUGCAUCCAAUGAGACGUUUAUGGAUCUCGUAAACGAAAUAUAUUUAGAGACUGUUGUGGGAGAUCAACAGUUUCUGAGAAAAACAAAAAGAUUGGACAAUUUGAUGAAGGGGUUAUUGGAUAUAGGAGCAACUAUACCGAAUGAGGGAAAAACUUGUAUCCUAGCAUGCAUAAAAAAUGACCACUAUGGGAUCCUCUUCUUACUGUUGUCGAGGGGCGCUCAUCCAAGACACCUGACCAUAUACGCCGGUGACACGCCUGUACAUGCUGCAUUAAGGAUCGCGCUUACAAAAGUUCCAGGACAUUUCGAGGCUUUUGAAUUUCUGUUAAAGAAGUUCGAAAAAGAUCCACAAGAAUACAAUAUGUGUGAUCCCACAGCAAAAGACAGAUAUGGAGACGGACUGCUGCAUUUAGCCCAUCUCCAACCAGGCGGUAGUCAAUUUGGAAAAGCUAUUGAUUUAUUGUCCCAGCAUAUCCAAAACCAUUCUUCAGCACUCCAUUUUAAGAAUAAGAAAGGACAGUAUCCGUCAGAUUGUGCAAAAGGGAUUUCCGGUCGACCAAGGCGACAAAAGCGGAAGAAAACAAUCGCGAUGAGAAGAAGAGGGGAAGAAAAAGAACGUAUCAUAAAAAAGGAGGAGAGAGAAAAUGAUGUGCCGCAAGAAGAAGGGGAUGAGAACGAGGAUGUGACGCAGGAGAAUUAAAUAGAGAGAAGUGUACAAAAGGAAAAAGUAAAGGAGGAUGAAGUGCCAGAGGAAGGGACAGAAAAACAGAAAAAAUAUGAAGAGAAGGAGGAAGAGGUAAAGAUGAUAACAUAUCCAAAGGAAAAGCUACAGGAUACUGAAUGUUAAGUAGCGGUUGAGGACUAUAAGGUCAAAGAAGAAUAUCACGAUGAGGAUGUACAGAAAUGUUCGUAAAGAUGAAUAGGUACGUACGUAUUGGAAGCAAUGACCCUUGUAUCGAACUUCAUCUCGCAUAUCCCAUACCCUAGGACCGUGCUCUUUCAAUUGCAAAUGUUCACCUCCGGUACCAUACUUUAUUCUCAGCAAAAAAACUCGCUUUUACCUCAACUCUAAGACCGUGGUUCGAAUUUCUGAAUUCUUUAUUUAUACAUUGUAUGACAGAUUGUACAUUGUACUAAUUUCAUCCCAGCAGCUUCAAAUGAAUUAUUCGACCAUGUAUUAAUAGUCAGUUGGUUUACACUGUGAAUAGUUUAAACAAUACCCAGAAAAAAGUGCCUCUGAUUGACAAAUUAAUCAAUUAGUCUGUUAUCUCAUUAGCAUCAAGCGAAGAUGAAAUGGUUUUUGGGUCGCCAUGUGGAUCGAAUUUCUACCUGUAAUAUUUUGGACUUAUUAACUAUUUGUUCAGUAUGUUUUAGAUCGUCAGUGAUAUAAACAAAAAUCCUGGAUGAAAUUGGUGUUUAGCAUGAUUAAAUUUGUAUAAUCAGAGUAUUUGUUUUCGUUUCCGGUUUUCAAUUGCUAUUCACGAUGAACCAUCUUAAAUCAAUAUUAUUGCCCUUGUCUCUUGUAUUUGUAUUCAAUUCUCGCUUUAAUAAUUAAUCUCAUAUUAUACUAAUCUUUGGCCUCUGUAUUUUCUAUAUAUGUUCUUUGCCCCCUGUAAUAGUAUCAUCUGUAUAAGCUUUAUUCUUGUUUAUUUUUAUAUUUUUAUUAUUGCCGUCUUAUCUAACUUUAUCUUUGACCUUUGAAUCUACAGGAUACCAUACUAUUUCUGCCCUUUUGAAACAAUGCUUCGGUUUGUGUAUACGUCAUCUACUGAUCCUGCCUGAUAAUAAAAUCUAAAACAGUCUCUUAGAUAACCAUCAGUAUCACUAGUUGAUAAAUAUACCAUGGUUUAUAACACUGCUGUAAUAGUACAUUGUUGGUGUGUCAAAGGUUGUUUGAAUAAAUGGACAUUCCUCCUUUUUCUAAUUUCGUGUAAAAAUGUUCGAGAUGUUCUCUUAAAGCCUUUUUUGGGGGUUCAUUGUGAUACAUUUAUUGUUAAAAGGUAUCGCUUUAUUAAUGUUUUUCAUGCUUUUGUUCAGUUUUGAGACAUCUGUCACCGGAUGUGAAUGUUGAAUUUAUUUUAUGCUUUUUUCAGAAUGAAGGUGUGAUUAAAUUAACAUAAUUUAACUGGAUACGUUCAACUAUUCUCUUAUUAAUAGAAGUAGAAAAUGUGUCCCAGUCGAUAUACCAGUUCAUUUUUAUCCUAAUCUAUCUGAUUUGUCUGUCUGUCGCGAUCGAGUUUCUGUUUAAUAAAUGCCUUAAAAAUGGUCCGAUUUUAACAAAAUUUGGUAUAAAAAUAUGUUAUGACAGUUCUAAGAGUAAACAUGGUCGACAAUUAUAUGAGAAAUAAUCCCACACAAUCUUUCCUCAGAACUAGCAUUAUCCCACAAAGUGAUAUCAGAACAAAUCCCACGCAAUAUUACUCCGGAACUAGUAUUUUCCAAUAUACAUGUAGUGAUAUUAGAAGUAAUCCAACACACAAUUUAACCGAAACUAGUGUUUUAACAUAUAGGGAUGUCAGAAAUUUUCCCUAACAAAUCAAUUUCAUCGAUAGAUAUCAUCGCCCCCAUAUUGAUAUCAGAACUAUAACCCCACAGAUUAGAUAUAAAAUAUGCCAAUCCAAUAUAUACCAGAAUGAUAUCCCCAGAAUGAAAAAGAGAUACAAAUCUCAACAAAUUCGCAAUUUUAUUAUACUCGUUUGAUAAUGAUCAGUGCAUUAAAUAAAUAAGUGCGAAAGUAUCCAUUCAUAUUCAUAAAUUACAUGUAUUAUCGAUUAUAUCAAGAUUUUAAGUUAUAUUGCUAACACAAACAAUUUUACAACAUCAUCAGUUUCAGGAAUCACAACGCAAGCAUUUCCACACGCGCAAAUGUAAGGGAACAUUCAAGAGCUUGGUCUUUAUAAUCUUAUUAUUUUUUUAUAUGAAAGCAUGUAUUUCAUUGGUAAUAUUUGAUGUUACAUGUACGUUACAUCUUUAACUUUUGUAUAUUGUGCCUCAUUGACGCAUUAUCAUUAUUAUCAUCACAUGGCAAUAAUAUCACUCAUGACACACGUGUGGAUAAUUUGAGAUUUAUAUAUUACUGUUAUAUUCAAUCCGUCUAUAUUAUACAUUUAUAUAUAUAUAUUUGUUUUCAAUACUCCUUAUAAAGGUCAGAUAGUCAUGCAUUAUUGCUAUAAUUGACUCUUUAUACUUAUUUCAAAUUGUGGAAUGUAAUGGAAAGCAUCAAUGCGUCUUUGUUUUCCAUCCACAGAUAAAAUACAUUGUGGUUGUUUAAACUGUUAUAUCUGUACAGUAUACAGUAGUAAAUAUUAUAAAGGCCUUUGCCAAAGUCAUUGACAACAUCGGGAUUGGUAAAUACUAUUUUGUAUUGACAUAUGAAUUGACUUUCCAUUUUUGGAACAUAAACGAAAUUAUCGCUCCUUAAAUAGAUUAUAUUCUGUUAUAUUUGAAUUCAGUGAAAUGAUUACAUAAUUUUAUGAAUGUCAUUAGUAAUAAUGUUUACCAUAAUCGUAUCUGUUAUGUAAAAAACUACCAUUUUGUU